UGUCCAUCUGUCCUGGGAGGUGGAGAACUCUGGGCAAACUGGGCAGCCCGAGAGUGAGGUCACUGCAGGGCCACCAAGUAGGGAAAGUUCUGGCAGGCACUGAGGAAUGUGGGGGUGGCGGGGCCAGGCUGAAGCCAGCUGCAAGUAGCAGAGCCGGAAGUCCUGGGUGCUGGGAGAGGGGAAGGGGAACCUCUGAGUCAGGGAGAACCAGCCGAGGCCCAGCAGGUAGCCAGAGUGAAGAUGCAGCACCAGGGGACAGGAGGCACCCACCCCCUCCCCGCUGAGGAUCCAACCAUGCCCCAGCCUGGGGGAUGUAGGAGGAGGCCUGGGACCCUGGGGCCACCGGUGCGCAGCAUCCGGCCCUUUAAGUCCAGCGAGCAGUACCUGGAAGCCAUGAAGGAGGACCUGGCUGAGUGGCUUCGGGAUCUCUACGGGCUGGACAUCGACGCGGCCAACUUCCUGCAGGUCCUGGAGACAGGCCUGGUGCUGUGCCGGCAUGCCAAUGCCAUCACUGAGGCUGCCCUGGCCUUCCUGACUGAGGCACCUGCUCGAGCCCAGAGGAUUCCCCUGCCUCGGGCUGGGGUUUCCUGCAAUGGGGCCGCCCAGCCGGGCACCUUCCAGGCCCGGGACAACGUCUCCAACUUCAUCCAGUGGUGUCGAAAGGAGAUGGGCAUCCAAGAGGUGGUGAUGUUCGAGACCGAGGACCUGGUGCGACGCAAGAACGUGAAGAACGUGGUGCUGUGCUUGCUGGAGCUGGGCCGCCGAGCCUGGCGCUUCGGCGUGGCGGCGCCCACCCUGGUGCGGCUGGAGGAGGAGAUCGACGAGGAGCUGCGACAGGAGCUGGCCCUGCCCCCGCCGGACCCCCCGCCGCCCGAGCCCCCAGCGCGGCGGCCCUGUCACUUCCGCCACCUGGACCAGCUGGUUCAGAGCCUCGUGAGUCACUGCACGUGCCCAGUUCAGUUCUCCAUGAUCAAAGUGUCUGAGGGGAAGUACCGUGUGGGGGACUCCAACACCCUCAUCUUCAUCCGGAUCCUCAGGACCCACGUGAUGGUGCGUGUGGGAGGAGGCUGGGACACACUCAGCCAUUAUCUGGACAAACAUGACCCCUGCCGGUGCACGUCCCUCUCACACAAGACGGGUAGUUUCCAGAAGCCUCCUGCCCCACUGGUGCAGCACGAAGUGAGGGUGCAGGAUGGGCCCUCGCAGCCCCAACCUUGGAUGACUAUCAGCCGUUCCCAGAGCCCGCUGCCCCCUGUGGACUGGAAGACAUACACCUCUUCAGGCCGGAAGCUGAGGCCCCCCACCUCCUCCUCCCCUAGAGCGCACAGUGAACGGGGAGGAGCAGAUGCAGGAGUCCCCAGACACACAGCACCAUUCCUGAGGUGCCAGGAGAAGCCACCCACCCCAUCUUGGAGGCAGCUUCCAGCUGGGGACAGCCCACCCAGCCCCCAAUCUUCAUCCCCCCGUGGGGGCCGAGACCCACAGUGCACCUCCUCAGGGAAGAGGGAGGAGAGAUACUCGUCUGAACAUCCUAGAGGAAGGACUCCCACAUCUUGGAUUCACGAGGAAACAGACAGCCAGGGAAGUUACACCAGGGCCUACACCCCCCAGAGAUUCCAAGCCCCCAAAGCCACUGCCAAAAGGACACCAGCAAGAGGACUAUCUCCACUGCCUCGUUCCUCCAGCCCAGCUAGGACCAUGGGCCUCAGGCCACCAACCAGGGGUGAGGCUGAGGGUGCUUCUUCCCAGCCCAGGAAGCCAGCAGCUGUCCGAUCUCUGUCCCCUGUUAAAGGGUCCACCAAGAUCCCUGUCAGGCCACCCCCUGCCUGCCCCCCCACUCCAGGAAGCAGCUUUCCAGGUAUUGCAAGUGGAGGUCCUAUGACAGAAUUGGGGAGUGGCCCCAUUCCAAGGGCUGUCACUGGGGACCUGGCUGGGUGUAGACAAGGGGACUUCUCUGUGGAUGCAAGACAAGGGGACCAGAAGCUGGACACCCAGGUGACAGCAAAAGCUGGGGAGCCCGGGGGCCUGGGCCCACAGGAGUGGGAGAGGCGAUAUCCUCCCCUUCCCCUGGGUGGAACCAAGGAUCAAGCUAUCUACCAUAGUCCCGAGGAGGAGCUUUUGACCAACAUGAAGCUGCUAGAGGUGGCGGGUGCCUGCCCCGAGGGCACAGGGUCUGGAGUGGAGUCUCCAGAAGUCAUCCCUCGAAGUGGAGUCUAUGUCCCCAGCCUAGGUGGGCGGUGGCCUGAGCCUGGGGGUCCUUAUGACAAAGUCAUCCAAGAACUGGCUCAGGGACCCCCGCCCCUCCUUAAAGUGGACGUGGGAGCCUGGAAGGUAGCCUCUACGGGCUCCCCUAAACUAGCUGCCACAACAGACUCAGGAAGCCCAAAAGGGAAAGUGGGAGCCAGAGAGCUCAGUGGGGUAAAGGUAAAGGUGAACCUGAGUGCCAAGGAGACCAGGAUGAAGAAGGUACCAGGUCAAGGAAGACAGGACUGCUUAGCCCCUACUGUGUCUGCUAGCCUGGAAGCCCCCACACCUUCACCCUCAGACCCCAAUUCUGACAAAACCCAGGCAUGUCCAGGCAAGGGCAAGAGAACACUCCGGAAGCCCCAGAGAGUUCCAUCCAUCUACAAGCUGAAGCUGAGGCCCAGAAUCCGGCCCCGGAGAGACCACAGGCCUGGGAAACAGCCUUCACGCAUCCCCAAGCCACUGGCCUACUUCCCCCUGGGUGCCAGGGCACCCCCCAGUGGCAGGCUGGUGAGAGCAGCAUUGGGCAAGGCAGCCCCGGUGGCUGGAACCUCAGCAGGGGAAGAGGAGGAAGGAAAGAAGAGGAAAGAACCGGCUGCCCCACUGAAGAGCAGUCCCCAGCCUUUGGAGAAUGCUGGUCUCCAGCAGUGGGAUCAAGCUCAACUCCCACCAGAGGAGGAGUCCUGGGUCUGAGGAGGAGGCUUCUCAGCCCCGAGCCUGUGAGUCUGGGGGAGAAGGGAAGUGAAAAGGAUGCCAUGUGUCCACUGGACUCCCAGCUACCAGAACAGCUCUCUCCAGGGCUAUGGUGGGGGUGAGGGUGUGGGUGGGGGCAGAAGACAAAUACAGGUUCAGUCUGCUUCUCGGGCAAAGGGGCGACCCUUCACUCCCACUCCAACUCUAGGGCCACCCUAGGGGUCUUCUUGCCUUCCCCCAGAGCAGCUCCUCAAAUUCCUGGCCUCCGGCCAUGGCCACCAUUUCCACAACUCUUCUUAACUUAUUAAAUAUUUGUCGGGCAGCCCGGGUGGCUUAGCGGUUUAGCGCUGCCUUCAGCCCAGGGCCUGAUCCUGGAGACCUCGGAUCGAGUCCCACGUCAGGCUCCCUGCAGGGAGCCUGCUUCUGCCUGUCUCUGCCUCUCUCUUUCUCUGUGUCUCUCAUGAAUAUCUACAUUUUGGAAAACUGUCCCUCGAUGUUGCCACACAACACAAUAAUUGAAAACCACUGCCUGGGACGCCUGGGUGGCUCAGCGGUUAAGCGCCUGCCUUUGACUCCUGGGGUCCCGGGAUGGAGCCUGC